AGCCCAGGGCUCCCCACAACCCCGCAGCCUCCAGCCCUGCAGCAGUGCAACGUGGAGUCCUAAUUCGUUUACCAAACUGAGCCGUAGGUAUUUGUUCUCACCUAUCAGGAUACAUUUUUGGCAUUUCCAUGCAUCAGGCCUCUUGUGGUUGGCACCUUUCCCACCAGUCUCAGAUGGGAAAGCCAAAUCCCUCAGAACUCUACUGCCCAAGAGCACGAGGCACUCAAAAGGUGGACUAGAACCCAAGUCCAGUUCUCCUUCUCCUGGAGCAGGCUCAAAUACUGAAUUUUCAUCAAGUUCAAAAACUUUGGAUGAAGGUUUGGCUAAAAUAUUUGAUGAAAUUCUACAGCAAGUGUUUUCCAAAGUUCCACUUGAUAAAAUGAGAACAGCAGGAAAAUCAAUUACAAAGAGAGAAGUCAAAGAAAGUAAAGGCCUCUUGUGGUUGGCACCUUUCCCACCAGUCUCAGAUGGGAAAGCCAAAUCCCUCAGAACUCUACUGCCCAAGAGCACGAGGCACUCAAAAGGUGGACUAGAACCCAAGUCCAGUUCUCCUUCUCCUGGAGCAGGCUAUCCUCCAGUAAAGAGCUUGAAAAAUACUGAAUUAAUAUCAAGUUCAAAUAAUCGAGAACAACAUUUAGCUAAACUAUUUGAUGAUAUUCUACACCAAGUGUUUUACAAGGUUCCACAUGAGACAUCGUUUGCUGAAGCAAGGACAGCAGGCAACUCAAUUACAAAGAGAGAAAUGAAAGAAAGUUUCAUCAAAGCAGCUAGUGUUGCUGGGUAUUCUACUGAACCAAGAUUUCUCCUUGGCAGCAUGGACAGAAUUUCUAUUAAUGGGAGGAGGGAUAAGGAACCCUCUCUCGUCAAUGGGAACAUAAAUGAGCGGCUUACUACUGGUGAUGAAGAAGGAUUUCAAGAAGCAGUUAGGACAGAUACUCAAGAUAAGAAUGUGCCAUGUACACAGCUUCUGCACUUUCUCCAGAGGAACAUCAUCCUUGCCGCUGCCUCGGUGGCGGGAAUCCUCGUGGUCACAACGUUGUUGCUGCUGGCAUUGACCACGUGCAUCAGGAGGAAACGGCCAUUACAUCCUCCGGCAAACACGACGUAUAAUGUUUUUAUUAUGAGUGGGAAGUCUUGGUGGCAAAAGUAUCAAGAAAAGAACCUCAGAAAACACAGCGAUAAACAGAAACAGUUGUUGAAGAGCAAGUCCCAUAUCUAAGCCAGGUGGUGUGGCCAGCCAACGCAGGACUGGAAGCUGUGGUGCCAAGCAAUUCUCCAUCCAGACACUGUGGAGAGGCAUUUGGAUUUCUGGCUGUGAGGUGUGCUCUACAAAAUGUUUACCUUCUCAGUGCGAUCUUGAAUGGACCAAGGAACAAAUGUUUUACCACAGGAUGCUUGUAGUGUGGUGCGGCACUCAUGGCUAGUGCAGGAGACUCAGCACAUUUGCCAGAGGACAAACCUGACCAACUCUGGGUUGACUGAUUUAUUAAAGCAUCAAUUCUCUGA